AUGCGCGGCGGGGCGGCCGCGGCGGAGCCGAGCGAGCUGCCGCCGCCGCUGGCAGCCAAUGGCAGGGAGCCACUGGGCUGGUACCGAGCGCUGUCAGAGGAGGACAUCUGUCACACGCCGCCUCCACCGCCACCCACCGCCCCACGCCCCGCUGCCCCCGCCGCGGACGGGCCGGCGGCAGGCAUCUCCACCUGCCCGGGCUCCAUCGGUCGCCGCCCCCGCCCGCCGCUCUGGGCUCCUCUGGCCGGUGACAACGCAACUGGGGGCAAUCGGUCAUUUCUCAUCCCCGCUCGGGGUAAGCUCCAUCCCGCCCUUUGCUGGGCUGCGGCCGCCGCAGCCCAUCCCCGCCGCAUCCCGCCCGGCAAGCUGCAGGAUCAGCAGCGGGCUGGCAAAACUUCUGGCUCACGGCGUCGGAAAGCGCUUGGGGCCGCAUCCCCCCUCCUUGGGGGCCGCAUCCCCCCUCCUUGGGGGCCGCAUCCCCGCUUCCCUCCCGGCGCCCCCGCCUCUCCCCCGCGGGUUCUCACGGUUCUCCCGGCCCGGGGCCGCCGGCGGAGGCUGCUCUGCCCAUCCGGCCUGGGCGUCUGCAAGGAAAAGGACAACAACCAUGGUGUCUUGCAGGCUCUAGCGCAGACUGCGAUCCUCAGCCUCAACGCCCGUGUAAUGUACUCGCUCGAUUCUACAAAGCCCCCAGCAAACGGGACUAAAAACCAUUAG